CAGCACGCCUACCCGGUCGACAGGGGUGAUGAGGCCAAUCGUCCCUCCUUCCCGAUAUGAGCAUUGCCAAGAGGGCCUCCUUUCUGGCUGUCUUGGCUGCUCAACUUGGCGGGACACAUACUCCAUUCAAGAUUCGUCUGUGAAGGUAUAUUUGUGCCAGUACGUCUCCCGACGAGCCAGCCCGCUUACCCGAUCGACGGGAGUUAUAACCGGUUACAACCGGAUUUUAGUUUCUUUUGAAAACCUAAUUACACUAAGGCACUAAGCGUCAGAAAUUACAGAAUAGAAAAGUCCAACCGGCUAGUGGGCAAAGCAGAGCAUAGUCAGAAAUCCUUAGACCUUAGCCGCUGACACCCGAGAAGAAAGCUCACCAGAGUCGGCGAGUGGCUAGAGUGCUAGACGGUGGCAGAUCGGCAGUAACCAAGAUUCCCAGGUGUCAAAUGAUUCUGUUCCAUCCUCCCGUCCACGAGGAAAAAAAGAUGCAUCGUGAAUGAACAAAACACGAUGGAGUUUCAUUCGAUGGUGCCUGAAGAAAUUGGAGAACAAAUGCCAUACGAAGGUGCUUAUGUUUAUGUCCAAAAACAGCCCAAACCCGACCGCAUUUACGUAAAGAGAAAGCACAGAAAGAGAGGUGACUACUGGGAUCAGUUUUGGGAUUAUCUUGAUGAAGAAAAUAAUAUCCGAGGGGAAUGCAUUUAUUGUGACAGUACUUUUGCCGCGGAUCCCAAUGUCAAUGGCACAACAAACGUCAAGAAUCAUGCCGCAUCUUGCAAAAACACUCCGGCCAAUAGACAAAAAAGAGGUGGAACUCCACAUAUGAAAUGUUGGACGUAGUUUUGAAAUACAAGGAUGUUUUUGUGAGAGUUGAUCUUCCUAGGGAGUUGGAAGAUAUGGUACGUUUGGAUCCCCCUAGUGACGCAGAUUGGGAGACGCUAAAUUAUCUCGUUGUUUUUUUGAAGGAAUUUUAUGAGUUGACUAAAAAUGUGGCGGGCUCGUUGUAUGUCAGAAGUAACACUCUUUUCUUCCAUAUAUGUCAUACUCUUGAUUUGUUGAAAAAAUGUGUUGUUAGUGAUCAGCUUGCUAUGAAAAAUAUGGCAACUAAAAUGAAAUCAAAGUAUGACAAAUAUUGGGGGGAUAUUGAAAAGAUGAACAAAUUGAUAUACAUGGAAACUGUUUGAAGGUCCUUGAUAAAAGUCUAGAGGGGGGUGAAUAGACUUUUAAGUCUUUUUUAUUAAGUGUUCACUUCCCUCUGAGUGAGUGUAAUCCUUGGAACCUUUUGAGAGGUUUAGGAUUGGCAGCGGAAGUUUUUAUCUUUUUGGACAAACACACUGGGAGUUUAGAAAGAACUGACUUGCAGCACAAAUUCUUUCCAAAGGUGUUACAACUUUCCACCAACUAUUCUAAGCUCUAGUAUGAAUAUAUCAUUGUGAACUAGUCUAAGAGCUUAAAGAAAUGUGAACGAGCCAAGAGUAAAGUGAUAGAUUAGCACUUUAUCUUUUGCAGGAUAUUCUGAGUAUGAUUGCUUUGUUUGCACUUAAGCUCGCUGAAUCUUCUUCAUCACAUUCCUUGGUAAUUUAUAGACUUUGAGUUUGUUGAAUAUCUCCUGUUGGCUGAGGAAAUUCAAUCUUGAUCGUUGAAGCAUCCACUUGAUCUUUUAUCUUCAGUAUGUCCUCCUUUUGUCUUGUUUGGAGUAGCCUGUGUUGCUAGUUUUGUUUUCUUGUUUGAGCCCAUGCUUCCAGUUGUAUGUGGUCGUAUGGGUUGACUCUGUAAAGAAAAACAGUUUGCAGUCCACUUGUAUAUAAGAGUAUGGGUUGACUCUGAAACAUUCUGCAGUUCCACUUGUAUAUAGGAGUAUGGGUUGACUCUGAAACAUUUUGCAGUUCCACUUGUAUAUAGGAGUAUGGAUUGACCCUGAAACAUUUUGUAGUCCACUUGUUUAUUUUGUCCCGUGACUCUUUGAGUAAGUGGCAAAAGUAUUCAGAAUACCUUCAACUUCUAUGUUGUAGUUUCGAGCCUUUCUUGUCUAACUCUGAGGUUCUCUGUUGUCAGCACUGAGGUUCUCUGUUGUCAGCACUGAGGUUCUCUGAAUUGAGUUCUGAGGUUCUCUAUUGUCAGCACUGAGGUUCUCUGAUCCUAACAGAAUACCUCGAGACUUUCUGUUGCAAUCAGACUUUUUCGAUCUAUUUUGUUGGGAUCAGAAUACCUUGGUUUCUGUCAAUGCUCUUUACUACCUCUGAUUCUUUUCUUUGUUACCAGUACUUCUUCUUCAGAGUUCAUGAUCAAGUGUUUUUGUCUAUAAACUAUGCAUCAUCAAAAUCUUAGAGGGACCUAACACUGUUCUUGAUCCGAACUUUAAGUUGUUUGGAGUGAAGAUUGCGCUUGUUGAUACUUAUGGUGAAAAGAAUGCAGAACCUCUAUUUGAAAAGAUAAACAAAUGCGCUUAUGAUUUGUUUGAGGAGUAUAGAAGAGUGUUUGCUCCUCCUGUUGUUAUUGAUGAGAGUGGGGUAACUAGUAACUCUACAGCAACUUCUUCAUCCGUUGGUUCUUCUACUUUGAUGAAUCUUGUGAAGGAUCGGGUUAGACAAAUGAGUGGGUCACAACAAUUUUCAAGAAGAGAGUUUGAUCAUUAUCUUGAUGAAGAAAGAGGGGACGAGGAAGAAAGGGAUGUUUUGACUUGGUGGAAACUAAACAGUCCUAUAUUUCCGGUAGUAGCGCGUAUGGCUCGUGAUAUAUUAGCAAUCCUGAUAUCAACUGUGGCAUUAGAGUCCGCAUUUAGCGCAGGAGGGCGUACUCUAGAUCACUUUAGGAGCUCGUUGACUCCCAAGAUGGUGAAAGCGCUUAUUUGCGGUCAAGAUUGGAUUAGAGCUAAUUGGCGAAAAACAAGGAUAGAUGUGGAAGAAAAUUUAAUGGAAUUGCAUGAGGUGGAGAAAGGUGUGGAAGAGGCAAGUUGUAUUAGUGAAGAGCUGGUUUAUGUUGCUUGAAAGCCUUGAAGUCUUGAAUUUGCAACCUUUAAUAUUCCAUAAUCCUUUUUUGACAUGUUCUGGUUAAUUUUGGAAAAUUUUAGACGUGCGAUUUGUGUUUUGCAAGCAUUUUUGAGAUUUGUAGACAUUUUGUAACUUGUAAACCUUUCUAUAAGAUUAUAUUUCUGGAAUUUUUAGGCAUUGUUUGGGG